AUGGCAGAGGGGGGCUCUCACAGUUUUGACUACGAAAAUAAUAUAAAACUGACCGAAGAUAGAAUGUCUGCCAUUGAGAGACUGCCUUGUGAGCCUACGGGUGUAAAUACAAUGAAGGACAUAGAAAAAGGUGAUACGGUUGGCGAUGAGGCGACUGCCGAUAUCAUGGACCCGAACAUUGUGGACUGGGACGGACCGAACGAUCCUCAAAAUCCUCGAAACUGGUCUGAGAAGAACAAGAUCAUUAAUGUGGCUCUGAUCAGCGCUUCCGUACUGUAUUGCAAUCUUGCAACGACAAUGUUUUCACCUGGUGCCAACAUUAUGGAAAAGGAAUUUGGCUACGACAAUCCCACCAUCGAAAUUCUAACAGUAACCAUCUCUUCGAUGGGCUUUGCUGUCGGUCCCAUGUUCAUUGCACCUUUAUCUGAAGUCUUUGGUCGUGUGCCUAUCUAUCGUGUGGCUAGUAUCUGCUAUCUCGGCUUCACUGUUGGUUGCUCGCGCAGUACUAAUGUCGGCGAGUUCCUUGUGUUCCGCUUAUUGACUGGGCUUGCUGCUUCACCCUUUAUGACGACUGGGGGUGGGACUAUUGCAGAUAUAUUGGAGAAGGAGGAGAGGGGUGUGGCAAUGGCAGUUUUUACUGCUGGGCCACUUCUUGGACCAGUUUUGGGACCCAUCGUUGGAGGAUUUGUUACUCAGGACUUGGGCUGGAGAUGGACGUUCUAUCUGAUUUUGAUGCUAGCUGGAGUCGUUUCUACCCUCUCUCUAAUUUUCAUGCGCGAAACAUCUUCUCCAGUAAUCCUCAAAGCCAAGACCGCUCGACUUCGAAACGAAACCGGUAAUUUGAACCUACGCGCUGCCGGCGACAAACAAAUCCCAAUCACAAAACUCCUCGCACAAGCUCUGAAGCGCCCAAUAAAGUUCCUCAUCCUGUCACCCCUAGUCCUGCUCACGGCCAUCUACCUCGCCUUCAUCUUCAGCAUAGUCAUGCUCUUCUACUCGACAUUUCCCGGAGUCUAUGAAGACACUUACCACUGGAGUGUUGGUAUUUCCGGCUUAGCAUACGUCGGAAUCGGAAUUGGCUGUACCAUUGCAAUUUUUACCUUUGGUAAACUCAGCGAUCGACUUGUUCAGGAUAAAUCCAAUGAGGGAAAAUACCGAGCAGAACGACGAAUGAUUUUGGUGAUGUAUUUUUGCCCGCUUGUACCUGUUGGCCUUUUCAUUUAUGGCUGGACAGCCUAUUACAAGGUACACUGGAUUGCACCUAUUAUUGGAACGGCAAUUACUGGUAUGGGGGUGUUGAUGAUUACAUCCUCUUGUCAGAUCUAUGUUAUUGAUCUUUUUGGGCCUCAGGCGGCGGCAUCGGCUCUUAGUGCUAUUACGCUGUUGCGCAAUCUUCUAGGAGCCUGCUUACCUCUUGCUGCUUCGGCUCUUUAUGAUAAUCUAGGACUAGGCUGGGGAAAUAGUGUCUUGGCGUUUAUUGCUGUGGGGUUUAUUGCUGUUCCAUUUUUGUUCUAUUGGCGUGGACAGUGGCUACGUGAAAAGUUUCCUGUGAAAGUGUAA